AUGGAGGAGGUUACGAAAACAUAUAAAUUCAAAGUUGUGGAGGUAGAUGAAGAUGUAUACUUGGCCGCCAACCUGGCCCGUAAUGGAAAACUCCCAGUUCACAUCAGUGAAGUCACAAAGGACGAAGACCUUCUCGCUGACGUGCGGAAGGGAGUAGUAGAUGAGCAAGGAGUACUCCUUCAAGGAACAUGCAGUGAAAUGAAGAUCAAAUCCAACCUUAAAAAAUUCAUCUUUCACACUUCACCUGCCGCAAUGGCUUCUUUGUACAAGACAGCGGCAGCAGUUUGCCUCGUCGCACUCUAUGGGCUCCAAUCAGAGGCAGCGGAAGAGGCUGCGAAAACAUAUAAAUUCAAAGUUGUGGAGGUAGAUGAAGGUGUAUACUUGGCCGCCAACUUGGCCCGCAAUGGAAAACUCCCAGUUCACAUCAGUGAAGUCACAAAGGACGAAGACCUUAUCGCUGGCGUGCGGAAGGGAGUAGUAGAUGAGCAAGGAACAAUCCUUCAAGGGCCAUGCAAUGAAAUGAAGAUCAAAUCCGGCCUUGAAGCGUUUCAUCACACUUUCGACUAUCAGGAUGGUCCUAAUUUCCGUGAAUUGCUGCAGGCAGCCCUUGACGCGGGGCUGGCAGUCUUCAAAGAAAAAGGGUACCCUAAGACUGAUGAUGAGUGGCAACAGAUAUGGGCAAAUGAUACUAGCGCCGUCCUGGCACAUCUUCUCGGUUCCAACAGCACUAAAAUAGGAUGCGUCAUUGGAAAGUGCGUCGAAGUAACGACUCAGCCGCCAAGUGAUGAUCAAGAACGCAGAGAAGGAAGUGGGGGUGGCGAAGGAAAUAAGACUGAAGUCGAAACAGAUAAGGCUGCGCUUUUCUGUCACCUAAGCCCUGCAGCGACGAGGAACAAAGCGCCCUUUGAAGAGAAAGGGUACCCUAAGACUGAUGAUGAGUGGCAACAGAUAUGGGCGAAUGAUACUAGCGCCGUCCUGGCACAUCUUCUCGGUUCCAACAGCACUAAAAUAGGAUGCGUCAUUGGAAAGUGCGUCGAAGUAACGACUCAGCCGCCAAGUGAUGAUCAAGAACGCAGAGAAGGAAGUGGGGGUGGCGAAGGAAAUAAGACUGAAGUCGAAACAGAUAAGGCUGCGCUUUUCUGUCAACUAAGCCCUGCAGCGACGAAGGACAAAGCGCCAUUUGAUGAGGACUAUUUCAACGGACUUAUUGCACGAACAACUGCAUUAGCAGAUAUGACAAAAGAAGACCUGAAAUCUGCUGCUGGAGGCGGCGCUGCAACUGUGGCUCUGCCUACCGUUCUGAUCGCCGGUUUAGUUGCUAUACUGACGCGAACAACUGCAUUAGCAGAUAUGACAAAAGAAGACCUGAAAUCUGCUGCUGGAGGCGGCGCUGCAACCGUGGCUCUGCCUACUGUUCUGAUCGCCGGUUUAGUUGCUAUACUGACAGCUAUUUCUGCCUAG